AUGUGUAUUAAAUAAAUAUAAAUCUUAAUAAUCAUUUAUAAAUGUUUAUAUAAUGUAUAUUCUAAUUAUAAAGUAAUUUCAUUAAAGCUUCACAAGGAAACCUUUUCCCUUUAUAACAUAUUAUUUCUUAUUUUAUAAUGCAUUAUUAAGUUUUAAAAUGCAGCGUCAAAUAUUAUUGAUAAAGAAGCAACUAAUGAAAUACAUAUAUACAUUUUGUUUAGAAAUUUUAAUGAAAAAAUAUAUUUAUCCUUUAGUUGGUUAAACUUUGCAACUAUGAUACCAGCUAUCUUUAUGUUAUUACUUAUAACUAUUUGCACAUGCUAAAUAAAAUUAUUUCAGUCACUAAUCAAAAGAAAUAUACGUUACCAAGAAGAUGAGAUAUUUGAUGAAUAUAAUGGUGAAGAGGGUUUUGAAUGUUCAAUUUGUAUGGAGGAAUUAAAGUAGAUGGAAAAAUAUGUAGAGCUAGCUACCUUGCAAUCAUAUCUUUGA